AUGGCUAUGCACUAUACUCCCAUCUUCUUCCUCCUGUUCUUGAGUUCGUUCUGCAAAUCCGAUGACCAGCUCACUCGUACAAAGCCACUCACUCACGAUGACAUACUCAUCUCCAAGGGUGGGGAUUUUGCUCUCGGCUUCUUCUCCCCAACCAGCUCCAACAAGAGCUUCUACCUCGGCAUAUGGUACCACAGUAUCCCCGGACCGCGCACCAUCGUGUGGGUUGCCAACCGAGACAAGCCAAUCACCACCCCUUCGUCUGCCGUGCUCACCAUCACCAACGGUUCUCAAAUGGUAUUGUCCGACUCCAAAGGUCACAAUAUUUGGACAACCACAAACAAUAUUGUCGCUGGAGGGCCCGAAGCUUUCGCAGUGCUACUCGACUCGGGGAAUUUUGUUGUCCGGCUAUCGAAUGCCAAGGAUCAGAUGUGGCAGAGCUUCGACCAUCCGACCGACACAAUACUUCCAAACAUGAGAGUUUUGGUGAGUUACAAGGGACAGGUCGCCGUGAGUCUCGUUGCUUGGAAGGGCCCAGAUGACCCGUCCUCUGGAGACUUCUCAUGUGGCGGUGACCCUAGCUCGCCGACUCUGCAGAGGAUGAUUUGGAAUGGAACCAGGCCGUAUUGCCGCAGUAACGUGUUGAAUGGUGUGUCGGUGACUGGGGGUGUACACCUAAGCAACGCCAGUUCUGUCUUGUUUGAAACGUCCCUCAGUCUAGGUGACGGAUUCUACUACAUGUUCACAGUCUCAGGUGGCUUAACAUUCGCGCGUUUGACACUAGAUUACACCGGCAUGUUUAGGUCCCUAAACUGGAACCCCCAUUUAUCCUCAUGGACAGUCAUUUCUGAGAGCCCCAAAGCUGCUUGCGACCUCUACGCCUCAUGUGGCCCAUUCAGCUAUUGCGACCUCACUGGGACUGUCCCGGCGUGCCAAUGCCUCGAUGGGUUCGAGCCCAGUGAUCUUAAGUUUUCAAGAGGAUGUCGGAGAAAAGAAGAAUUGAAAUGCGACAAGCAAAGUUAUUUCGUAACCUUGCCUUGGAUGAGGAUCCCGGACAAGUUCUGGCACGUUAAGAAAAUAAGUUUCAAUGAAUGCGCGGCCGAGUGCAGUAGCAACUGCUCAUGUAUAGCAUAUGCUUACGCCAACUUGAGCAGCGUUGGUGCUAUGGCCGACUCGUCGAGGUGCUUGAUUUGGACUGGGGAGCUUGUUGACAUAGGGAAGUUCAGCAUGAACUACGGCGAGAACCUUUACCUUCGCCUUGCUAACACUCCUGCUGACAAAAGGAGCAGCACAAUAAAGAUUGUACUCCCGAUUGUAGCAUGCCUGCUGCUAUUGACAUGCAUAGCCCUCGUCUGGAUUUGCAAACACAGAGGAAAAAUGAGAAAGAAAGAAACACAGAAGAAAAUGAUGCUGGAAUACUUUAGCACAUCCAACGAGCUUGAAGGAGAAAAUACAGAAUUUUCAUUUAUUAGCUUUGAGGACAUCCUUUCGGCAACAAAUAUGUUCGCUGAUUCCAAUUUGCUUGGACGGGGAGGUUUUGGAAAAGUUUACAAGGGAACAUUGGAAUGUGGAAAUGAAGUUGCUGUGAAAAGGCUUAGCAAGGGUUCUGGACAAGGCACGCUGGAGUUCAGAAAUGAAGUGGUUCUAAUUGCCAAGUUGCAGCACAAGAACCUAGUUAGACUUCUUGGUUGUUGCAUUCAUCAAGAUGAGAAGUUACUGAUCUACGAAUACUUACCUAACAAAAGUUUAGAUGUGUUUCUUUUCGAUGUUGCACGGAAAUAUGAGCUUGAUUGGUCGACACGGUUCAAAAUAAUUAAAGGGAUAGCAAGAGGCCUUCUUUAUCUCCAUCAAGAUUUAAGAUUAACAAUAAUUCACAGAGAUCUCAAACCAAGCAACAUCUUGUUGGACAAAGAAAUGAUUCCCAAAAUUUCAGAUUUUGGUAUGGCAAAAAUAUUUGGUGCAAACCAGAACCAAGCAAACACUAUCCGUGUCGUUGGGACAUAUGGUUACAUGUCACCUGAGUAUGUGAUAGGAGGUGCCUGUUCUACAAAAUCGGACACUUAUAGCUUCGGUGUUCUUCUCUUGGAGAUUGUUAGUGGCCUGAAGAUCAGCUCACCUCAGCUUAUACCUACCUUUUCUAGCCUUAUAACUUAUGCGUGGAGAUUAUGGGAAGAUGGGAAAGCGACUGAAUUGGUGGACUCUUCGUUUGUUGACAGCUGCCCACUUCACGAAGUUCUACGGUGUAUCCAAGUGGGACUCUUAUGUGUUCAAGAUCGUCCAGAUGAUCGGCCACUUAUGUCAUUGGUUAUAGUUACGUUAGAGAACGAAAGCGUGGUGCUUCCAGCUCCAAAGCAACCAGUAUAUUUUGAUCUACGUAACUGUGAUGGUGGAGAAGCAAGGGAGAGCAUGGUGAAUUCUGCGAACCCAAUGAGUAUCACAACACUCGAGGGCCGUUAGAUGUUCUCUAAUUUAGUCUAUGUGAAAUUUAACAUAUUAUGAUGUCCUCUCUGUGAACUGAAAUCUUGCGCAGGCAGUCGUCAUGAGGUUUAUCAAUUGUAUGGGUAAAUCCGUGAAUAAUUAGACGUCUUCGACGCAAGGUACCCCUGUACUGGUCCUCUAUAUGUGCUACUGGUAUGCCAUUUUUAUGAGAGGAUUUCCCCCCA